AGUAGAUGUAGAAUAUCGUACAUAGCAUCCAAAAAAGUGAAAGCUCAGCUGAGCUGUUUACAACUCAAUCACCAUUCACUCCGUACACUCCUCCAAUGCCACUGGACUCACUCCCUCCCUCACAUUUGCUACCAACACUUCCAGCCUGUUUUGUGCAUUUCCAAGUUUCAAUCUUUACUCUGUAAAGCCAACCACAUCAAUUUUUCUUUUGCCCCCUACAUGUCACUGUAUCCCACUAUUGGGCCAUAAUUCAGAGAAACCCAUUAAAGAGAGAGAACUUUUGAUAAUGGGAAGGAAAACCGAAAAGUUGUGGUCUUUAGUGUUUCUCGUAAUUUACUGGCAUGAAAGAAAAAGGGUUCACCUCCAAUUGAGUGAUUAUCUUGGUGUUUUUGAUUCCUCUUCUUUUCAUUCCUCCCCCAGGGGAGUGUUGGUUGGCCUUUAUCAGAGGGACUAGUUAGGUUUCACAAUUUUCUUUUCUCUCCUUUCUUUUAACGUUUUAUUUUACUUGUAUUAGCGAUUUUCUCAGAUUCUUUUCUGCACUGCAAUUGUUGGGUGUCUGCGUUAACUGUUGCAUCCAAAAAACUAAUCCCACGUUUCUCUAUUUUUCAAUCACAAAAUAUGAUGAGCAUAGCUCCUUCUUUCAUCUCUUUUGUUUCUGUAACGGUUAUACUCGAGCGACAUAAUUUUCAUUUGGGGUAUAUAGGUAUUUUUUCGGUUUUUUUUAAUAAACAAAGGUUUUUUAUUUAGUAAUGAUGUCGGACCUUUUGAAGCUGUCUUGAGCUCAUUUCUAUCCUACAAUCCUCCUUCAAUUGAAAGAUUUGAACAAGAAAGAUCUCUGAAAUUUAAGCUUCAAAACAAUUCUACUAAGGUUUUGAAAGUCGUUUACGUGCAUUUUGAAUAACCAUAAAGAUGCAAGAGUUAUACUCUUUAGGGAUUUGUAAGUCAGUUUGUCACUUUUCUUAUAGCUGCAUAAUUUUCUUUUGCUUUUGUAAUUCUUUUUACCAACUAGGUAGGUGUAGGAUGAUGGCAUAAAGAGAGGAUUAAGGGAUGCUGUAUAGUCCGUUUAAGAGGCAAACAGAAGCUAAAAUGUGAAUAAUAUCUAUUAGACUGUGAUGCUCAACUGGUAGUUUAGUUCAGCAUGUCAAGGCAAGCUCAUCUUCCUCCUCGAUGCCCUUUUCAAAAGAAAACGAUCAGCAGGCAUGACCCUGCUUUGCCAACCUUGGAUAAUCACAUUUAUUUGCAUACUCGGCACCACAAGUCUGUGUCUCAAAGCUCCAUUGGAGAGGAGAAGCCGGCCUGGCUUGAUGACCUACUGGAUGAUUCAGACUCAAAUUCUGGCUACAUAUUACAUCGCCGAUCAGCUAGUGAUUCCUUGACCCUUUUGGAUGAUCAUGUUCCGUUAGCAAGUAUAAAUCAGCUUAGUGGAAGUGAUACUCCUGCCUCUUGUGAAAGUGAUGGAAGCUUGGAGUCUGCUUCUAUAUAUGGCCCAAAUUCUCCUCGUGCAAAAGGAAAAAUAUCCUUCCCUGAGAAUGCAAUAGUUUCUGCAUUGUCAGAAUAUGUCUCUCACGAACAUUUGUGGCAUUUAAAUGACAGCAUCUGUGCCUCUGGAGCUGCUAAUUUGGAGUCAGUGGAGGAUACUCGUGGUUCAGCUGGGGAGAUGAUUGCUGAGACGAAGCCAGUUAAACGAUACCCUGGGCAGCGAUCUCGGGUCCGCAAACUCCAAUAUAUUGCUGAACUGGAAAGAACUGUAAACAUUCUUCAGAAAGUGGAGAUGGAUAUGGCUUCCAAGGUUGCCUCGCUGGUUCAGCAGCGUCUUGCCUUAUCAUUGGAAAACAACAAACUAAAGCAACGAGCACUCAGACUACAACAUGAAAAACAAAUUGUUGAUGGCCAGUACAAGUCUCUAAGAAAAGAAAUGGAGAGGUUAAAAACUUAUUUAGCUCAUGCCCAUGGCAGCAAGGUCAGCACCAAUUUCAGUUUAAGCUCUCCUGCGGAGUUAGCAAGUGCAGAGGCAACUUGGCAAAUGUUAGACAUGGGAAAACUUGAUCUUAGCUAGAGAAAGUUAGUACAAUUGACAGUUGCACUUUACUUUGUAGCAAACGUGGAUUUUAUGUAGUAGUUGUUCUAGUCAUUGAUUCACCUCCAACUAGAACCCAUAAAUCCAGCAUUUUGAGUCUCGAAGUUAUGCUAGGAUAACGAAUUUAGUGACCGAGAAGACCCCUUCGAAAGAUGGCCCUGUUAUGCGAGCAUCACAUUUUGCCUUUGUCUACACUAAUUUCGCGUGAUAUGUACUGCCAGAAUCAUUGACUGAUGGAGUUCGACAUCAUGGGAUGCAUUCAAUAUCUUUGUACUCCAUAUUCAUGCUGACGCUUUUUGUACUUUGACCUUUUUGUGAUUGUCUUUGCAUUGCUCUGU